AUGAAUUCAUCAACAGAACCACAAGCGUAUGGGGCCGGUCGAGCUGGAUCUGCAUUUGAUCCAAUUGGUUUUAUAAAGAAACCUCAGGUUAUAUUACGGGUUGUUGCUUGGGUUUUAUCAAUAAUCGUGUUUGCAUGUAUUGCCCAAGAAGGUUAUGCUGAUGAUCAAUGUCGUUAUAAUGGUUCAAAUGCUUGUGGUUAUGGAAUUGGAAUAGGUGUUAUUGCAUUUAUUUUAACAAUGGUUUUUACUGGACUUGAUAUUUAUUUUCCAAAUAUAUCAAAUGUUAAAACACGUAAAACAGUUGUUUUAUCUGAAUUAGCUAUAUCAGGUUUUUUGGUAUUCUUAUGGUUUAUUGGUUUCUGUUAUAUGACUGAUCAAUGGCGAAAAGAACCUGAUAAAAAUAAAGAUGGAUGGGAUGGUCGUAAUAGUGUUCAAUCAGCUAUUGCAUUUUCUUUCUUUUCAAUUUUUGUUUGGGCUGGAUUAACAUUCUUUGCAUUUCGUCGUUAUCGUGAAGGUGUUUUAAAUUUAUUCAGUUCAAAUUAUGAAGAUCAUUCAACAGGCACUGGUCAAACAUAUGGUGGAUAUCCAUCUAGUGGUGGUGUAGAAAAAUUCAAUAUGGCUGACGAUAAUCUCAAUGAAGGUACAUCAUCACGUCCUUUUUUUGUCCAUGCAGACUUCCCAUUUGUAUUUAUUCCAACAAGACCACCACCACAUUUCGCUUUUGAUGAUGAUGAUGACGAUGAUGAUGAUGAUGAUGAUGUUGCUGCUGACGAUUUUGAUAAUCAUCAUAAAACGAAUAGCCAAUUUACAAAUGAGAAUCAAAAACACGAAAUAGAAGAAACAGUUGAUGAUGAAGUUGAUAAUAAUGAAGAAAAUGAAGAUGAUAUAGAAGAAAAAGAUAAUCUUCGUAUUAGUCAACCAAAAUAUAGUGAAUUAUUAAAACAUCUUGAUUUUAGUCAUACAAGAAUGGUUGAUGUUACAAAUCUUUUAUCUGAUGAUCCAAACAAUUAUUUUCCAGAUGAUGAAAAUAAAGUUUCAACUGAUGAAAAUCUCUCAUCAACACAUCAAUCAACUGAUGAAAAAUCUUCAGUCAAUAUCGAUAAUAAUCAAACAAAAAACAAUGAAAAUUUAGAAAAUAGUGAUGAAAAUUAUUUAAAUAAUUUAGCAAAUAUUAUUCAACAAGCAUCGCAUUUACCAACUAAUAAAUAUGAUUAUGAUCCGAAUAAUCAAGAAUAUAUAAUUAUUGAUCCACAAAAAAAGAUUUUUUUUGAAGAAGAUGAUGAUACCAGUAAACAGGCUACACAAAAUUAUGAUCUUCACGAUUAUGAAAAUGAGGUUUCAGAAUCAUUACCAAAAUCAAAUAAAAAUGUUCGUUCGACUAAUGAAAAUAGUCAUGAUAAUGAAGAGGAAAAUUUAUCAUCAAUUCCACGUUUAAAUCGAAAUGAAAAUAAUCGUCGAGAAGUUGAAGAUCAACAAUCAGAUAAUGAUUUUAAUUGGAAUAAUUUAAUCUAUGGAAAAGAUCGAUUUAAUCAACCACCAACAGCAAGAGUUAUUUUAUCAGAAAUAAUUGAUGAAAAUCAUCGAACACCAAAUAAACAAGAAAAAUUAUUAUCUAAUCAAGAUAAAAUAAAAGAAAAUUUAAAUUUUUCAUCUAAAACAAAAUUUGAUGAUUCAUCAGAAACAGAUUCUGUUAGUGAAAAUGAAUUUAAUUUAUCAAAAGAAAAAAUAAAAGAUAAUUUAAAACCUCAAUCCGAUCAAUCAAUUGAUGAAGAUCUUGAUGAUUUAAAUAAUCAUUUAAAACAAGCUCUUAAUCAUAAAGAUCAACCAUAUAGAACAGCAACUGAUAUUUUACUUCAACGUUUAUCAAAUCAACAAACAGAUAAUAUAACAAAUCAAUAUAAAAACAAAUCUCAUCAUAUUCAACAUGAUGAUUAUAUUCAAUCAAAAACACAUGAUAUAUGGUUAUCUAUGCUUGAAAAACUUGAACAAGAACAUAAACAACGUUUAGAAAAACAACAAAAACAAUAUGAAGAAUAUAUGUUUCAUCUAGAAGAAAAUAUGAAACGACGUUUAGAUCAAUAUUUAUCAUCAACUAAUAGUGUUCAAAAAUCAAAAUCAGACAUUUCGAAUCAAUCAUUUCAUGAACAUGAUACACAUAGUUCACCACCGAUUGAUUCAAAUGAGACAAUCCAUAGAAGUUAUUCAAAUUCUAAUCAAUAUCGACCAUUAGUAGAUCAAAUUAAUAAACAUAAUUAUCCAACAAAUCAUUUACUUACAUCAAAUACACAACAACAACCUAUUCAAACAAAUAUAUCACGAUCACAAUCGAGAGAAGAUAUUUCCAAUUUAAGAAAUGAACUUUCUACCAAACAUGCAAAACAUGUAUCUGAUUUAAAAUUAUAUUAUGAACAUGAAAUUGAUGAACUUAAAAAUCAAUUAAAUAUAUCAAGAAUGGGUCAUCCAAAUAGUAGUACUACUCGUCAAUCAAUUGAAACAAUUGAACGAAUUAAUAAUGAAAAUAUUCGUUUACAUGAUCAUAUAAAACAAUUACGUCAAUCAUUAAAAACAAGUGAUGAAGAAAACAAUUCUCUUAAACGACAAUUAGAAGAAUUACGUGGACAAAUAAAUAAUAAAGAUGUUGAAAUAAAAAAUUCUCAUAAAAAAUUAAAUGAAAUCGAACAAGAAUUAAAUGAAAUACGUCAUAUAAAAGAUCAACAAAAUGAAAAAUAUGUUUAUCUCGAUAGACAAUCAUUAUUCUAUCAAGAAGAAUAUCAAAAAGUUACACGUGAUCUUAUUCUUACUAGAGAACGUCUUGCUCGUCUCGAAGAAAGUUAUCGUCAAUUAGAAAAUCAACAUAAAACAUGUCGUCAACAAACAUUUACAAAUGAAAAUAAUAAUCAACGUAUAAAUCAUGAUACCAAUUAUAAUUCAGCAAUGUCUUUAAAUAUCCCAACAUCAAGAGAAUAUGGACGUUUUACAUUAAUUCAAUCAAAAUAUUCAUCAGCAACAAUAACAAAAUCAAGAGAUGAAAAUAUUGACUCAGGAACAUAUACAUCAGACGGUUCAGAUGAUCUAUUUCGUCAUAGUAAUUCUCGUCGACCUGUAGACAACAUAAGUGAUUUUGUUAGUGAACAAGAUUGUUUUCCCCACGUUCAUGUUCAAUCAUCAAGACCUUUUUACUCUUCGAACAAAUUGUCACCAAAUGGUCAUCGUAGUAUCGAUCAAAUGCCAGUUCGAGAUUUUAGUGAUAAUAAAAUAAAAGAAAGUGAAAAAUUAGAAUCAAAAUUUGAUGAAUUAUUAAAUAAAAAACGUGAUUUAGAGUCUCGUAUAAAUCGUAUACCAAUUCGAGGAUUAACAACAACUGAUAGACAAUUACUUGAUGUUCUUGAACGAGAAAUUCAACGUGUUGAACAACAAAUAUCAAGUGUUAAACUUGAACUUCGAAAAAUGAAUAUUUUACCAACAUAUUAA